GAGCUGAUCAGGGCGGUAGUUGACAUGGAGGAGUAAGGAUAUGACCUGGCAGCCUCAGAUGUACAGGCCCCUCUCCCACUCCAUCCGCCUCCCGCCGCCCCCUCCUCGGCACCACAGAAGGGGGCUGGUGUCUCUGCUUUGCUGGGCGAGCCCACGGACGAGGAGCUGCUGGAGGCCACGCAGGAACAGGACCACGCCCUGCGACCUCCAGCAGUAGUCCAGCCUGCACCAGCUCCCUCCUCGCUACCGCAGCCACGGCUUCCCCCGGAGCUGCUCCCGGACAGGAGGAGUUGCCGGGGCCAGCCUUCCUCCCUCCUCCGCCACGUGAGCUGCUGCCCGUGUCCUGGCGGGCAGCUCUCACUGUGGAGCAGCAGCAGUGGAUUGGUCGGGUGCUGUUCACCAGGGACCAGUGGGGGAGGCCGAGCCUCAUCCCAGACUUGAAUCUGUGGUGGAACCCCCCCCAAUCCCGGCCGAUCUACCACCAGCCUCCCGCGUCCCCCGACCCCUUCUUUGCAUGUCGGCUGUUUCUCUGGAUGCCACACCGGAUCUGGCGUCUGCAGCUGACAUGCCCCCAGCCUUCAUGCACCGGGUCCAUGGUGAAGGCUGGGCUGUACAGGACCAUCCGGAGGGUCCUGGACAUCGACGGCUGGUAUCUCAUGGCCACCGAGUACCUGGAGUGCCUUCGAUGCAAGAAGAAGGUCGGCGGGUGGUCACAGGGCAUCAUCAGGCAGCUGGCCCCCACCUACAGCCGCCAGUUCCCAGCAGUACUUACGUACAAGCUGUCCUGUGACCAUAGGGUGGUUACCCAGCUGAAGUCCCGCACUCUGGGCAACAGUGCCACUCAGCUGUGUAACACCCUGCGGGAGCAGCAUUUGGAUGCCCGGAUGCGGAGAGCGAUCCAGUACCUCGGCGUGUGCGAGCAGUUCCUGGCCUUGUGCAGCGUGAGGGGGCAGUUUCCACCACCGCCCACAAUGCCCACUCUGCCCUCACCCAUCUGGCUGCUGACGGUCUACGGCUACGACAUAAUGACGCGGCUGGAUGAGUACAAGGCCAGGAUCACGUCCACCUUCGGAUCCAUCCUGAAGAUGGAUUCCACCAAGAAGGUGACGAAGAAGCUCAGCCGGGCAUUCCAUAAGGAGGGUCAGGAACUCACGCUUGGGACCACCAUUGUCCCCUCCAUCCUCAGUGUGUCCCUCAUCAUCAGUGAACUUAACUGA